AUGCCCCAAAAUAGCAAUGAAUGGCGCAUUGUGGCGGAUGAAUUUGAAAGGAAAUGGAAUUUCCCCCAUUGCUUGGGAGCUAUAGACGGCAAACAUAUAGCGAUUCGUUACAAAAAAGAGUACGGGUCUUAUUUUUUCAACUAUAAAGGAUUUCAUAGCGUUAUUUUGCUAGCCAUAGUCGACGCAAAUUAUAAAUUUAUAUAUGUAAAUGUUGGAACGAAUGGAAGAGCCAAUGAUGCCGCGGCCUUCAAUGAGUCAUCUUUUCUUGAGGGACUAAAAGAGAAUUCAUUUAACAUUCCACCGGAUUCAAAACUACCGGGCACUAAUGAAACGGUUCCAUUUGUAUUUGUGGCAGACGACGCUUUCAAGUUGACUUCUCGCAUAUUAAAGCCACAUGGCCAACGUUCAAGCGAUUACCACAAAAUUUUUAACUACCGCUUAAGUAGAGCCAGACGAGUAGUUGAGAAUGCGUUUUGAAUAUUGGCAAAUAGAUUCCAAAUAUUUCAAAGAAAUAUUGAUUUACCACUAGACAAAAUUGAGAACCUAACACUAGCUGCAUGCGCGCUGCACAAUUUCAUUACAACACGAGAUGGUUUCGAAAGCAUUCACCUAGAUUUGGAGGAUACAAAUACAAUAAAUUUAAUCGAAGGAUCUUGGAGAAACGAAGUAGCUUUAACUAGUUUACAAAGAUCACUUGCGAAUCAUUCAGGAGUUGAGGGAAGAACAGUCCGUGAAAUAUACACCAAAUAUUUUAAUACAACUGGUUCCGUUCCAUGGCAACUUAGUGCAAUAAAAAAAUUUAAUUUUUAAACUUACGCUGGUUUUAUAAAUGCACUGCGUAGCAAAACUGUUUUUUUU